AUGGCCCGAAGAGUUGGCUUUGGGGCCCGCUUCUGCAGUGUGGUAUUCUCAUCCAUUGUCCAGAGAAAGAAAGAGUCCAAGUGUAGUCAACGCGGGAAGUCAACCUUUUUCAAUGUGCUGACAAAGAGCCAGGCUGCAGCAGAAAAUUUCCCCUUCUGCACCAUUGACCCAAAUGAAAGCAGAGUGCCCAUUCCAGAUGAACGCUAUGAUUUCCUCUGCCAAUUCCACAAACCUGCCAGUAAGGUCCCUGCCUUCUUGAACGUUGUUGACAUUGCUGGCUUAGUGAAGGGAGCACACGCUGGACAGGGUCUGGGCAAUGCCUUCCUGUCCCACAUCAGUGCUUGUGAUGGCAUCUUCCACAUGACACGUGCCUUUGAAGAUGAGGAUAUCAUUCACGUGGAGGGGACAGUGGACCCUGUGCGGGACAUUGAGAUCAUCCACGAGGAGUUAUGGCUGAAGGACGAGGAGCUGAUCGGCCCCAUUAUCGACAAGCUGGAGAAGACAGCCAUCAGAGGAGGCGACAAAAAGCUCAAACCAGAAUAUGACAUAAUGUGCAAAAUCAAGAGCUGGGUAGUGGAUGAAAAAAAGCAUGUCCGCUACAAUCACGACUGGAACGACAAGGAGAUCGAAGUGCUGAACAAAUACUUGUUUCUGACAUCCAAACCCAUGAUUUACCUCGUUAACCUCUCGGAGAAAGACUACAUUAGGAGAAAGAACAAAUGGUUGGUGAAAAUCAAGGAGUGGGUGGACCGUCACGACCCCGGAGCCCUGGUGAUCCCCUUCAGCGGUGGGAUGGAGAGUGAGCUGCAGGACAUGACUGAGGAAGAGAGCAAGGCCUACUGCUCACAGCACAAGACGCAGAGUGCUCUGACCAAGAUCAUCAAAACUGGCUACGCCGCGCUGCAGCUGGAGUAUUUCUUCACGGCUGGCCCAGACGAGGUGCGCGCCUGGACCGUGCGGAAAGGAACCAAGGCUCCACAGGCUGCGGGGAAGAUCCACACCGACUUUGAGAAGGGCUUCAUUAUGGCCGAAGUAAUGAAAUUCCAGGAUUUUAAAGAGGAAGGCAGUGAGAACGCUGUCAAGGCCGCCGGCAAGUACAGACAACAGGGCCGCAACUACACCGUAGAAGACGGCGACAUCAUCUUUUUCAAAUUCAACGCACCCAAUGCUCCGAAGAAGAAGUGA